AGGUGAAAUUAGACGACACGGAAUUAAAAGAAAGGCUGGGGAUUUGAUACGUAAGUGGAUUGUCCAUCCAUUAUCAUUUAUCAAUCUGCACUCUGCACUCUGCACUGAGAAGAGAAGCAGUGAUGGAAAGGGCGGCACUGGUUCGUUGUCUGCCGUGCUCUUCUGUGUUGUGCAGAAGAUAUUUACACUCUCACUCACACUUGUGUCGUCCCUCUUCCUCUAUUAGUAUUAUUCCCUCUCUCUCCCUUCCAACCAUAAGGCCUCUCUGUCUGCCCCGCCGCCGCUCCUCCUCCUCCUCCAGAUUGCUUCCCCUUUACUUCCGUACCACCAUCAACAGGAAACACUUCUCUUCUCUCGCCCCGAGAGCUGUUCUCUCCCCUUCUCCUUCUUCAGGUUUUGCUGAGGUUAAUGAUGAAGUUGCCCUUAAAUUGGGGUUUGAGAAAGUUUCCGAGGAAUUCAUUCCAGAAUGCAAAUCAAAAGCUGUUCUUUUCAGGCACAUCAAGACCGGGGCUCAAGUCAUGUCUGUUUCCAACGACGACGACAAUAAAGUCUUUGGAAUUGUUUUCCGCACUCCUCCGAAAGACUCCACUGGUAUCCCUCACAUUCUGGAGCAUAGCGUAUUAUGCGGCUCACGAAAAUACCCUCUCAAAGAGCCUUUUGUUGAAUUGUUGAAAGGAAGCUUGCACACUUUCCUUAAUGCGUUCACCUAUCCCGAUAGGACAUGUUACCCAGUUGCUUCCACAAAUGCCAAGGAUUUCUAUAAUUUGGUUGAUGUCUACCUGGAUGCGGUUUUCUUUCCCAGAUGUGUCGAGGACUUUCAGAUUUUUCAACAGGAAGGCUGGCACUUUGAGCUCAACGAUCCUUCCGAAGACAUCACUUAUAAAGGUGUCGUGUUCAAUGAGAUGAAGGGUGUCUACUCUCAACCGGAUAAUAUACUUGGGCGAGCUGCUCAACAGGCUCUUUUCCCAGACACCACCUAUGGUGUUGACAGUGGAGGUGAUCCUCGAGUUAUUCCCAAGUUGACUUUUGAGGAAUUUAAGGAAUUUCACCGCAAGUAUUACCAUCCUAGCAAUUCCCGCAUAUGGUUUUAUGGAGAUGAUGAUCCAAAUGAGCGCCUCCGCAUCCUAAGUGAAUAUUUAGACUUGUUUGAUUCUAGUUUGGCCUCUCAUGAAUCAAGGGUUGAACCACAGACACUAUUUUCAAAGCCAGUCCGGAUUGUUGAGACAUAUCCUGCUGGUGAAGGGGGUGAUUUGAAGAAGAAGCACAUGGUCUGUCUUAACUGGUUGCUCUCUGAUAAGCCCUUAGACCUGGAAACUGAGCUAACACUAGGAUUUUUGAAUCACCUUCUGUUGGGCACCCCUGCUUCACCACUGAGGAAAAUAUUGCUAGAAAGUAGACUGGGCGAUGCCAUUGUUGGUGGUGGGGUUGAAGAUGAACUACUCCAGCCUCAAUUUAGCAUUGGAAUGAAGGGUGUUUCUGAAGAUGAUAUUCAUAAGGUAGAAGAGCUGGUCACAAGUACACUUAAAAAGUUGGCAGAGGAAGGUUUUGAUACAGAUGCCAUUGAGGCUUCUAUGAAUACAAUUGAAUUUUCUCUGAGAGAGAACAACACUGGGUCAUUUCCUCGUGGGUUGUCUCUCAUGCUCCAGUCCAUUGGUAAAUGGAUUUAUGAUAUGAAUCCCUUUGAGCCACUGAAGUAUGAGAAGCCUCUUCAAGACCUAAAAUCUAGAAUAGCAAAGGAGGGCUCUAAAUCUGUGUUUUCUCCUCUAAUAGAGAAAUUCAUCUUGAACAACCCUCAUCAAGUUACCGUGGAAAUGCAGCCUGAUCCUGAAAAAGCUGCUCGUGAUGAAGUCGCAGAGAAACAGAUAUUGCAGAAAGUUAAAGCUAGUAUGACAACAGAAGAUCUAGCAGAGUUGGCCCGUGCUACUCAUGAGCUUCGGCUUAAGCAGGAGACUCCUGACCCACCUGAAGCUUUGAAAACUGUUCCUAGCCUUUCUCUACAAGAUAUUCCUAAAGAACCUAUUCGUGUUCCCACUGAGGUUGGGGAUAUCAAUGGAGUAAAAGUUUUGCAGCAUGAUCUCUUCACCAAUGAUGUCCUUUACACUGAAAUAGUAUUCAACAUGAAAUCAUUGAAGCAAGAGCUUCUUCCAUUGGUGCCACUGUUUUGCCAAUCAUUGUUGGAGAUGGGAACAAAGGACCUGACUUUUGUCCAAUUAAACCAAUUAAUUGGAAGAAAAACUGGAGGAAUAUCAGUUUAUCCAUUCACAUCAUCAGUGCGGGGCAAGGAAGAUCCAUGUAGUCACAUGGUUAUUCGAGGCAAAGCCAUGGCUGGACAUAUUGAAGACCUUUAUGACUUGGUUAAUUCUGUUCUUCAAGAUGUCCAAUUUACAGAUCAACAGCGUUUCAAACAAUUUGUUUCCCAGAGUAGAGCAAGAAUGGAGAACCGGUUAAGAGGAAGUGGUCACGGAAUUGCAGCUGCAAGGAUGGAUGCAAAACUAAAUGCAGCAGGUUGGAUGUCAGAAAAGAUGGGAGGUCUCAGUUACCUUGAAUUCCUCCGAACACUUGAAGAGAGAGUUGAUCAAGAUUGGGCCGAUAUCUCAUCAUCUCUUGAGGAGAUCCGCAAAUCUAUAUUUUCCAAGCAAGGCUGCUUGAUAAAUGUCACUGCUGAUAGGAAAAACCUUGCAAAGACAGAAAAAGUUCUGAGCAAAUUUGUUGAUCUGCUUCCUACUAGCUCUCCCAUUGCAACAACUACUUGGAAUGUUAGACUUCCAUUGACAAAUGAAGCUAUCGUGAUUCCUACUCAGGUUAAUUACAUUGGAAAAGCAGCCAACAUUUAUGAUACUGGUUAUCGGCUUAAUGGGAGUGCAUAUGUUAUUUCCAAAUACAUUAGCAAUACAUGGUUGUGGGAUCGUGUACGUGUUAGUGGUGGAGCUUAUGGAGGUUUCUGUGAUUUUGAUACUCACUCGGGAGUGUUCUCCUUCUUAUCUUAUCGUGAUCCCAAUUUGCUGAAGACACUUGAUGUAUAUGAUGGAACUGGUGACUUCUUAAGAGAACUACAAAUAGAUGACGACACUUUAACAAAAGCCAUAAUUGGAACCAUUGGGGAUGUAGAUGCGUAUCAACUUCCUGAUGCCAAAGGUUAUAGUAGUAUGUUGCGGUACUUACUGGGUAUCACAGAGGAAGAAAGGCAAAGGAGACGUGAAGAGAUAUUAUCUACUAGUUUGAAGGACUUCAAAAUUUUUAUGGAUGCUAUGGAAGCAGUUAAGGAUAAAGGGGUUGUGGUUGCAGUGGCAUCUCCAGAGGAUGUAGAUACGGCCAACAAGGACCGUCCCGACUUCUUUCAAGUGAAGAAAGCCCUUUAGUUUCAGUAUCUAUUCCCCGCAUGGAUUUGAAAUUGUAUCUUUUCUUAAAAUUUCAUACAUCGAAACAAAUGUUUCCUUGAUUAUUUGUUUAAAUAGGUUAACUGGCUGGAGCUAGAUACGAGAAUUUAUUAUUACUUUCGUCCCUGGAAUAUUUUUUUAACUAAUUCAAAUCGUUUGAGAAAGUUGGUUAUUUUA